GAUUCAACUUUUAUUUGCUGCUUUGCUAUUCUUGCAAAACCAACCUCUCAAAUAUCUUUGUAUGCUCUUUAUUCAUAAAUUGUGAAAUGGCAUUCUAGCAAAAUUUCAACCAAAUUUAAACCCCAUUUGGUAUCCAAUUAGAACAAUUAGGAUAAUCACUUAAACCAAAUUUUCUAAGCAUAAAAACCAUAUAUACAAAAAAAAGGCUCUCCUUGUAGUCCUCCCCAUCAUAGUUUGUAAACCAAAUCUUCCUUUCAAAGAAAAACAGUCAUUUAUACUUGUCUUUGAUGUCUCCUUGGAACCUGGAACAGAAGCUUCGUCCCGCUAAGAAAGCGUGGAAGAGCUUCAAAUCCAAACUACAAUCCAACAUCCAAAGCCUUAAGCUCCCGAAAACCAUUAAAACCACAACUCACCGCCUACUUGCCUUGCGGUUCUUCCGUUUCUUCAUUCCAUCCAAACUCCGCACUCUCACCAAACCUUCAUCCACUUCUCGCCUCAACCAUUACCACCAACACCUCCACCACUAUGAUCAAAACCCGCAGGCUCUACACAAGGGCUUUGCGGCCAUACACAUAGAUGAGCUUUUCGCGAAAGAGGAGGAGACAAGAAAGGGAAAACAUGUGCAACAUGGUGAUGGAAAACUUGUGGCAACGAGGAGAAAAAGUAGUUUGUAUAGUGUUGAGGAUGCAUGGCAGGCAGUGGUAGCUUCCUCGCCUCAGCUUCUUGGAGUGGACGAGAGGGCAGAGCAGUUCAUAUGCAAGUUUAGGGAAGACAUGAAGCUUCAGAAGGAAAGGUCUAUCCUAGAAUACCAGGAGAUGUUGGCUCGGAGUGCCUAAGUUAAAUCAUUGGUACUAUAUAUUAUGGUUUUGUUCUUUGGCCUUGCAUAUAUUUUCGUUCUUUGAAAAAAUUACUAGCUAAGCUCUCGAAGGUUUGGCUGUACAGUAUUCUUUUGUUUAUUUGUUGUGGGAAGUUUAUAGGUUGCAUGAAUUACAUAUUGGUUUGCUUAAGUGUGAAAAGUGUAUAGAAAAAGUAUGAAACUUUUGGUCGUCUGGAAAAUCUUUUUGUUUUCUUGUUUUGCUUUCGUGCAUUUUAUUGAUGAUGUGAAUUACUGAUUUGAUAUAGAAAAGGGUGUGAAAAUGUAUAGCAAGUAUGAAAUUUAAGGGCGUGUAGGAAUUUGCUUGUGUAAUUUCUUUCUUUGUAUACUAUAAAUGGAUUGCUUAAUUCUAGUAUUGAUCUUCCUUUUAUUUA